AUGCUCGCAGACGGCGGCAAGAAGGUGAUCGCGCGGAUGUACUUCGCCAAGAGCAAGCAGUGCUCCAUGCUGAACACGGUUUGCAGUCACAUCUCCAACCUCUUCGAGGGUGUGACCAAGAAGUUCGAAUACAAGAUGCGCCUGGUCUAUGCGCACUUCCCCAUCAACGUGAACAUCAUCAACGGUGGCAAGACCAUCGAGAUUCGAAACUUCUUGGGAGAGAAGGUGGUGCGAACUGUGCACAUGUUGCCAGGCAUUGCCGUAGAGAAGAGCAGCAACACCAAGGACGAGAUCAUCGUGAGCGGCACCGACAUCGAGCUGGCGGGCCGCUCCACCGCGCUGAUCCACCAGUCCUGCCUCUGCAAGAAGAAGGAUAUCCGAAAGUUCCUGGACGGCAUCUACGUGAGCUCCCACGGCGUGCACGAGGAGCCGAGAGAACUCUAUCCACUUCAUGGC